UGGGAGGGCGCUCGCCGAAAGGGGCGAGGGGCCGAGGAGCCGCAGGGAAGGAGGGAUGCCGGAUGCCCGGGCCUGCGGCGCAGAGCGCGGCUGCGGCGGUGGCGGCGCUGGUGGCCGCCCUGCUCCUGCUGCGGCCUGAGGACGCGGGGCCGAGGGCCGGCUCCAGCAUGGCCGAGGCAGAGGCGCUGCCCAAGCUUCGGGAAGACUUCAGGAUGCAGAAUAAAUCUGUCUUUAUUCUGGGCGCCAGCGGGGAAACCGGCAGAGUGCUCCUAAAAGAAAUCCUGGAGCAGGGCCUGUUUUCCAAAGUCACGCUCAUUGGCCGCAGGAAGCUCACCUUCGACGAGGAAGCGUAUAAAAAUGUGAAUCAAGAAGUAGUGGACUUUGAAAAGUUGGAUGACUACGCCUCUGCCUUUCAAGGUCAUGAUGUUGGAUUCUGUUGCCUGGGUACCACUAGAAGAAAAGCCGGGGCGGAGGGAUUUGUUCGUGUCGAUCGAGAUUAUGUCCUGAAGUCUGCAGAGCUGGCCAAAGCUGGAGGCUGCAAGCAUUUCAACUUGCUGUCCUCCAAAGGAGCUGAUAAGUCGAGCAAUUUUUUAUAUCUGCAAGUUAAGGGAGAAGUGGAAGCCAGGGUUGAAGAAUUAAAAUUUGAUCGUUACUCCAUAUUUAGGCCUGGAGUUCUACUAUGUGAUAGGCAAGAAUCUCGCCCAGGUGAAUGGAUGAUUAGGAAAUUCUUUGGCUCCUUACCAGUAUCUUGGGCCAGUGGGCACUCUGUGCCAGUGGUGACUGUGGUUAGAGCAAUGCUGAACAACGCAGUGAGACCAAGCAACGAGAAGAAAGAACUGCUAGAUAACAAGGCCAUCCACGACCUCGGGAAAGCCGAUGGCUCUCUCAAGCCAUGAUCACACUGGAGAAAUGCUUUUUACUGUAAACUGCAACACCCACCACCUAACUGGUAACUUCUGGAUCUGAAAAAAGUCAGCGUGCUUUAACUUUGUGGUUCUCGGCCUCCCAGAUCCAAUCAAAAAAUGGUUGUGCUCUGCAUCAGCGGGUCAGAGCCUGGCUGUACAUAUACAUACAUCACCCAGGAAGCUUUUCAAAAAAUUAGAGCUUCAUAGGCCCUACCUCAAACCUUCUGAACCAGAACUUUUGGGUGCAGGCACAGAAAUCUGUUGUUCUGUUUAGGCUGCCUGUGGUGGUUCUGAUACCACAGGUGGGGAGGCCAGCUUUGAAAUGCCUAUCUGUAGAGUCACAGCAGCAGUGCAAACCUUAUGUAUCAUGCAGAUGAGUUCUGUUCUAAAAUUGUUGACAUUUGUGUCUCUGAGUUACCCUAUGCUGACUGCAUGUAACCGUGUAAGUGAACAUUGUGCCUUACUGCUUCUUUAGAAUAUACAGUAAAAGUUAUUAUAUACCUGA